AUGGAUGAUGGUGAUGUUCAUGUUCGUGAGGUUACACCCGAACGUAUCGAUGGCCGGGGCUGUUGUCCGGAGAAACAAUAUUAUAAAAUCCGCCAACACAAAUGCCUGGAGAUUAAGGACUUUCAUACAACAUCUUGGAGGAGAAGAGCCCACGUUCCUGACACUGACACUGACACUGAUUACUUCGAGUCUAUGGAAAGAAAGCGUCAGAAAACCUUCAUAGAGUACAGGGAAUGCUAUCCCUCAGACGAUCUGUUUUGGUAUUUUCGGUCCAACCAGAAUGCAAAGGUUGGCAGAUGCGUCAUAGGUUACGGACAUGCCGCCUGUGACAUCGACAUGGAUAUUGACGUCCAUGUACUUCCAAAACCCAGUAAGGUCGAUGUCCACAACAAGUCUUUCACUCUUGAAGCAUCUUUGCUUCCUCCAUUGGCAUUUCCGCUGACGGUAAGAUAUGCUAAGCCGGUGGUCGUUCCGGGUCAACAAAUCAGUGAAUUCCUUUGCUUAAAAGCCCGCUUCGAAGAAAGCCCGCCUUCAUCUUUGCGCCUCGUUGGCGUAACGGCCAAGGCUAUUGUGAUGUCAAGCUCAUAUCCCAACUGGUUGCAGCAAUCCACCCGUAUGGCAACAUUGCUCGACACUGAUGAUAAGGUUGGACAAAAGCUUGACACUCUGCUGCGGACAGUACAAAUUCCAACCUCCAGCUUCUCGUGCAAGUUUCCAAACUGUUCGGGCACUUUUGUCUCUUACUGUGCAGCAACAUCACAUGCCCUUGAAGUGUCGGUCACCUUAUGGAGUCCCGACUGGCCAUUUUCGAAGCUGGGCACGACAAUUUUACGUAUACCAGUUGCAUUUAGGCCGUACGUUGCAGAGGCAUGGAGGGAGAAUCCCUUCCCGAACCCUCGUACAAUGGUGGUUCUAGGCCAGUUUAGACGGAAGCAUUUUCAGCCACACCUUGUGGCAGCAAAAGAGGUUGCCAGGUUGGCUGAGUACGACACGGUUUUGCUAUCCCAGGAGACUCGUGCCACGCCUGAGAAAAACAUUAUGUGGACCACUACAAUCAUCACAUAUAGCCAUCUAGACGCGACUGGGUCUCUGGCAAGGCAAACAGGUAAGAUCGACUGGGACAUGCCAGUACUGAAUCACAAGCCCCAAAUCGUACCCCAGCUUGAAAAAGCUCUGUGUUUUGCUCGCCCACGGGCAGAACUUGUUCACAAAACGAGUUGGGGUCGAAGCAUGGCUCUCCUGUCACAUUUAGGAUCUUUCUUCAAAGAAGACUCUCUAUAUGAUAAGGUGGUGUCUUCAAAGGGACUGGAAUACAGGCAAGAGCUCGCAGCGUUAGUCGGGUUUCGCCCGCCAAAGAACCUUCCUCAAGGACCUGGUUUCAACAUUGUGAGGCAUCUGACGCCGAUCCUGGACUUCCUCUGCAUCACCAUCGAAUACCUGAUGUAUCAUGAAAACUCGCUUUGCGCACCUGGUGAAUGUGUGGAAUUUGUUCGGCAGUUGGAACCAUUCAUGAUCCGUCUGGUGACGGUCAGGGUCGUCAUUGACGUCAUGGUUAAGACAAAAGGAGGCUUGGUGCGUUACGAUUCUUGCAAGCGAGAUCUAAAGGAGCAAAUAUGGAGUGGUCGCAAAAUUGUGAGCGAGUACAUGGUGGGACCAAGACGUUUUUACGUUUGGCAAUUACCCAUGGACUUUUUCAAAGCGAAUCUUCCUCAUUUGCAACCAACUUUCAUCACGAACUCCAAGGCGAGGUCGUACAGGCUCGAAGUUGAUAUCGAGUUGUCCCACCAUUGGCCUCGCGGGCUUAGCUGUCUGAUUCCCAUCAGCGUGCUCUAUGAAAAACCUUAG